AUGUUAUUCCUACUCGCACCUAUCCUGCCCCUCUUCCUCCUUGUCCUCCUCCUCCCCAGCGCCUUUGCCGCGCCCGUCGACAACGCCGCCGCCGCAGUAACCGUAGGCAAAAUUCGCGGCGUCCGCGACCCAAUCUAUCACCUCUAUCUCCAAGCUAGCUCCAAGAACGCAUCCACACCCGUGCUCGGCCCCGAAAGCGCCGCCGACACCUUCACAAUCGGCGGCACCAUCCAAUCGGCGAAAACAAGCAAAUACCUAAACAUCGGCACGGCGUCGACGAGUUACAAGCCGCUGGUUUGGGGCGCCACUGCGCAGACGACGGCGUGGGGGUUGGAGGGUGAUACGAUUAUUACUGUGCAGGGGAGUAGUUAUGGGAGACAUGGGGAGUGA